CAACACACAACUGCAAUAUGGUCGUUUCUUUAACGGCAAUUGGACAUCGGAGAAUUUCCAGAGUUUUCCUGAAUCUGAAAUGUCCAUUGUUACAAUGGAUCAACACAUUUACAUUUUAAAAGGUAAGACUCGAGAGUUCAAAAGGUUUGAUGUCACGUCUAAAGCAAUGACGUCAUUAAAAUCUUUACCCAAUAAAAGUGUUAUCGAACACGCCACCAAGUUUGAGAAGAAGAUUUUGAUGUUUGUCUCACAGACUACAGAGGGUGCUGACGAGACGGUCAUCCAUUGCUAUGAUACAGUACAAGACGAGUGGACAAGACUAAAUACUCUCCAAGGUCCGACCAUUAAACUGACCACAUUCAAAGAUGACCAACACACGUACGUUCUACAAACCAAUGGAGACGUGUGGAAAGUGGUCAAACCUCAGUCAGACGUAGUUGACUUUGAAUACGUCACCAAACUCUGGGGCUGUGACUGGACAGUGCACGGGGCUGUAACCUAUCUGGACACCUUGUACAUCUAUGGUGACCAGUCAACUGACCAUACCAAUGACGUCCAAGUCAAACACGCCGUGCCAGGUGUGUUUAGCAAGAUUGUGUACAUGGAUUGUGACAUAUCAGGGUGUACAGCCUUCAUGCCGGCCACCGUCACAAAGGGAUGGCUCCAAAAAUUGACCUAAGGAUCUGAGCAUAUAUAAUUAUUAUUAUGGCAUCCUUCCAUCUACGUGAGACGAUGGAGUAGCUCUAUAGUUCUACACUUUGACGAGUGGCUCACUAGGCCAAUCCUAGAAUGGCAAUCACGGCCGCAUCUCUCGCAGGAGAAUGUUGAAACCCGGUAAAUUCUUGAUUUUCUAAUUGUUCUUUUUGUUUCGAGGGCCUCGUUUCAAGUAACUUCUGCCUUU